ACGUAUGAUUACAUUACUGUGACGUGAGGAAAUAAAAUAAAACAUCUCACCAGCUAGCUACAAACAAAGCUAGCUGCAAAUUGACGUUAAGUUUCUGUUAUGAUUAUUUGUUUUAAUAGAUUGGUCGAUAACUGUAGAUAAUCAUAAAUAUAUAAAACGCAAAUACAGUUACAUUGAAAAGAGCAAAAAGCGUCGGGGGACAAUGUCGGGUUCCGUGGUCGAGUUCCAGGCGCAGAUAGCCUCAAUCAUGGAGGUGUUAGCCAACGCGGCUGUAACCGAAAUCUGCAAAGUUGUUGACGAUGGCUAUGCCGUUGUACACCUGAAAAUGUCCCAAAGCCACAAGGAGAACGAAUUUCUCCGGAGGAAAAUGAAAUUGAUGGAACUUCAGAUCACCAGAUUUCGAGCGGAGAGAACAAAGUUUUCAGAGGGGUCCGUCCACAAUCGCUUCAAUGGAAUACGCCUCCUAAACAGACACAACCAUCGAGAGAUUACAACAGGACCUACUUGGCAAAGCAGAGCCAGACUUUCCAACAGGAGUUUUGGGAACAGCAGCAUUCAAAGAGACAGACAGCCCAUAGACGUGGAUCAAGACGAUGUCUCUCCAUCAAAGCAUAUGGAUGCUACAAGUGAUGAGCAGUCAGCAGAGACAGAGGAAGGGGAACCAGACCUGCUGAUCAUCAAGGAUGAGGGGGAAGCAGAUGACCAGGACUCUAGGAUCAGCCACCCAGCCAGAACAGUGGAGGGCAGCAGAGAGCCAACCACCCAACCGACUACAGACCCUGCCUUCCAGCCCAGAGGCAACAACAUCAACACAGCUAUGGAGACAGAGGAAGGGGAACCAGACCUGCUGAUCAUCAAGGUGGAGGGAGAAGCAGAUGACCAGGACUCUAGGAUCAGCCACCCAGCUAGAACAGUGGAGGGCAGCAGAGAACUAACCACCCAACUGGCUGCAGCCACCACAGAGGACCCCGCCUUCCAGUCCAGUGGCCCCAGAGGCAACAACAACUACAACACCGCUAUGGAGGUCAGUGGAUCUGACGUCGUCCUUGGCUUUUCCCCCAAGUCAUACCAUUCCUCAUCAGAACAUGUGAUAGUGAUUGACUCUGUAUCCAGUGGCCAGCAGGUAGAUAGAGAUUUUGAGUGGGGUCAGGUGGGUACAUCUACUACACCACAGGUCAAUGGGUCUGGAAAUAAGCAGGGAGUGGGAGUGUUUAACAGAAACGCACCAUCAAUUCACCCUGUACACCACAAAUCAAUGAGAGACAACACUAUGCAGUUGGUUUCACCCAGAUUCCGUCCCACAGAGAUAAAUACAAGCACCCGUCUUGACGCAGGAAAUACAGGUGAGGCCAAUAAAGCUAGUUUGCGCUCAUUGGCAAGCCUCCAUAGACACUCUGAAAUACCAGGAAGAGGAGUUCAACAACCAGCUCAUACCUCACUUCCUGUCGGCCAUUUUAGACCAAGCGCCACAACUUCCUCUCACUCAAGUAAUCUUGCUAAUCACAUUAGACCUGGCACCAUAGAACGACCGUACGGUUGCCCGAACUGCCAUAAGAAGUUUGUCCACGAGAGUGACUUGCGGCAGCACGUCGUCAUACACACCAGAAAGCGGGUGUUCGCCUGCACCUUGUGUGAGAAGAGCUUUGUGUCCCCCAGCAAGCUCCAAGUGCACCAGAACGUCCACACUGGGGAGAAGCCCUUCAGUUGUGCACAGUGCGGGCGCAGGUUCUCCCAAUCCAGCAAUCUGAAUAGACAUCAGAAGCUUCAUCAUUGAAAACUGACACAGAAGCAAGAGAUUCCUAUUGUUGGGUUCUGAGAAUAUGAAAUAUACUUAUUCAUGUCACAGAGGGGGAGAGGGUAAUGUAUAACAGUUACAUUAUGUCAGGAUAUGUCACAGAGGAGGAGAGGGUAAUGUAUAACAGUUACAUUAUGUCAGGAUAUGUCACAGAGGGGGAGAGGGUAAUGUAUAACGUUUACAUUAUGUCAGGAUAUGUCACAGAGGGAGAGAGGGUAAUGUAUAACAGUUACAUUAUGUCAGGAUAUGUCACAGAGGGGUAGAGGGUAAUGUAUAACGUUUACAUUAUGUCAGGAUAUGUUAUUGUUAGCCAUCAGGGAUCCUAUGGGAGGGGUCCUCUGGGAGGAGAAGAGACACAGUCUGGUACCAGGCACCAUGACAGCCGUGAGUUGGGCAGGGAAGCGUUCACAUGUGGCAGGCAUUGAUAAGGGGAGAGAGCUUUGGAUUAGGCAUCAAGGGGGCUGAGGUCAUCACUUUGUCUUCCUGUCGAACCAUAACAGAUGUCAUGGUUGGAGACGAGGAGGAGUGCAUCUAAACUGGAGUAUAUAAACUUGUUGCUGGAAACAUGUUUUGUCUGAAUGCAGCUGUAUUGAUCCUCUAGGAGAAUAAACUUGGUUCAGCUUUCAUAGUGUCUGUUGAGUUGUUUACUCUGAGAAUUAGAACCUAACACUAUUGAAAAAAGCUGUUAUAGCAAUAUCAUGAGUUCAAACGUCAUUGGUUCUAACAUAGUCGUAUGUCUGCAGGAUGUUUGCCCUGGUCUCAUACGUCUACAAUACAACGUGGUUCAUAUUUACAUUAUCUACAAAGACUGUUACGUUUUCUUGGCUUCUUUAAGGCCAACAGCAUCACUCACAUUGACUGUUAAGGUUGAUCAUGGUUGUGUUCUUCUAAUAAUACUGUGUGCGUCACACUAAAGUUAUAGCAGAUACUGAAAUUCUACUGUGAGACUGAAAAACUGUCUGUUCUUCUGUAACAAUUUGACCAAUGGCUGUUGAUGUUUAUUCAUUCCUAGAUUUCCAUCAAUAAAUAAUAUUUUUCAAAGAA